CCCAUAUCCUGCUACACACUGACUCAUAGAUUGUAUGAAUUCCUAUAAGAUUCAGUGAAUUGUGUUUCUUAUCCAGUGGAUUUUCUUUGACUCCAUGAAUAAAUAAAGCCUGUUCUGGACAGAAGACAACAAGGGCUGUGUUUCAAAUCUAUGAUAGAGUUAAACAAGUGGAAGCGGAACGCUCUAAAGUGAUGAGGAACUAAAAUGAAGACAAACUGAUUUCAGAACUUUGGGCUGGAAUGCUAAGAUGUUUGAGGCGACGUUGCCAAGAUGCUUACAGCUCUGCAUCUUCCUGGCCAUCGUGUACAGCAUUAAUGGCAGGGUGGUGGCUCCUCCACGGGUCGAGGGAGUGGUGGAUCAGCCCUUCACACUGAGCUGCACGCUAACCAAGUCCAAAUCAGACCAGGUGAAACAGGUACGCUGGCUGGACAUGAAGAACCAGACGCUCAUCUCGUAUGUGCCGGGUCAGCCGGACAGCGUGAGUGGGCAGUACCAUGUGGAGCUGGGGGAAGGCCCGAAAGAUUCCAGCAAGGUGGUUAUCAAACGCGUGGGCUAUCGCGACGAAGGAUGCUACACCUGCAUCUUUGAUGUUUAUCCCACAGGCUCCAAGGAAGGACACACAUGUCUCAUGGUCACUGCCACAGUGAGUCAAGGAGGAAAUAAGACAGUAGUGAAAGGUAAACAGGCAUCUCUAUCCUGUCUCUACGGCCUGCCUGAGAAGGUGCAGCAGAUUUUGUGGAAAAAAGUGUUAGGACGCAAUAUGUUUCAGGAAGUGGCGUCUUUCGCCAAGCGCAGCGAUCCUGUAAUAGAGGAGAAGUACGCUGACAGGACGAGUCUCACUCACUCGCUGUCAGACUCCCAGCUCACCUUUUAUCCUGUGAAUACAGAGGACGAGGGCUGCUACACCUGCCAGUUCCACACCUAUCCUGAGGGCACCAAGAGCGCCACCUCCUGCCUCACUGUGUUUGUCCUCCCCAAACCUCAGGUGAGCUACAAAACCACAUCUCCUGGUGUAAUAGAGGCAAACUGCACUGCCGCGGCUCGCCCCAAACCGGAGAUCGUGUGGAAUGUGGAGGGGAAUAACAGGACGCUAGGACCGCCGGUGUCCACGAUCACGCAGCAGGACGACGGGACGACGCUAGUCAUCAGCACGCUGACCAUACAGGCCGACCUCCUGAAGGACGUCUCUGUCAAAUGUCUCGUCCACCACAAAGGCCUGGAGUCGGCCAUCGCUGUGUCCAUGAACACCAAGAUUGGAAAAGCUCUGGCCAUCCUGAUCUCGGUGACUGCAGUAGCCUUCCUGCUGAUCAUCUGCAUGUGUGUCUGCCUGUGGAAGUGUGUUUUGCGCAGUAAUGGUCAUAGUAUGAGUCCUGCUGCUCCGCGUGAUGAAGUGACAGUGUUCAGACCAACUUAAUGAAAGAGAACAUUUCACCUGAUAAGUUUGAGAAUAAAGCAUUUCUGACUGAUGGACGAAGAUGAAAGAUGAUGACUUUCAACUUUAGAUCAGAACAUGGAUAAUGCAUUCUCAUGGAGAACUUGGACUAAAUGGACACAGACCUCUGCUUUCCUGUUAUAACCUGCACACAUCUGACAGGUUAAUUACUUGUGUAAAUUAAUUAUUGACAUUGUAGUAAUUAAAAUAAUAUAUAUAAAUAAUAUAUAUACACCUAUAUAAUGAUAAAACAACAUAUCAUGAAGUGUUAGUUCACCAAUACAGUAUAUAUAUAAACACACACACACCCUGGACAGAGUGCCAAUCCAUCACAGGGCACACACACAUUCACACACUACGGUUAAUUUGGGAACGCCAAUUAGCCUAAUCUGCGUGUCUUUGGACUGUGGGAGGAAACAAGAGUACCCGGAGGAAACCCACCAAAUUUAUAAACCCGGACCCUGGAGGUGCAAGACCACAGUGCUAACCACUAUGCCACCCACCACGCCCAUAAACCUUUUUAAGUAAUUCAGAAUUUUAUCAUUAUUUUCUACUUCAUGCUGCAGUUUUAGAACUUUAAUCACCUUCUUCAGUUUUUUGGAGCGUUUUUGUGGUAGCCUCCUCUGAAUUUUCUCUUGGAGUCAUCCCAUAAAAACGCGGAUGUGACGUAACAAACUCCACAAGGAAAUAAUGCAAUAGUAACAAAAUUAAAUUAAAAAAAAUAUGUGUUUAAUAUUUUUACAUCACAUGGGAGAUCCACUUAUCCAGAAUGACUUAUCUCAUUACACAUCUGAGCAGUUGAAGGUUAAAGGCCUUGCACAAGGGCCUAAUGGAGGUGGUUGUGGGGUUUGCACCUGGGACCUUCCAAAAUGUAGUCCAAUUCCUUAACCACAAAUAUCAGCCUCGAGUAACAUUUAGUACUGCUAUUAAAUGUGUUUAAAUUGCAGCAUGACAUAACUGGUAAUGUGGUUACAUUACGACUGUGAAAGUGUCGCUAGACUUAAUCCAGCUCCUCACAUAAUGACGUAAAACAUGGGCUACAUUAAGACUCGUGCACCACAGAGACAUGGCUUUAGGCAAACUCUGCUGUGUAACUUCCACAUAAUUUCAGAAUAAUGUGUAAGUUUGUGGUUAUGUCUAAAGUGUGAGAAAUUACAUGUACAUGCAUUUUAACCCAACACUGAACCACAAUCCGUCUUCUUUGCUGUGGGAAAUAAAGUCCUGUUCUAACAUUCACAGUGACAGGAUGCAGUCCUGAAGGAGGUGUUAAACCAGUUAGUUUCGGUUCUCACUUAAGUCAGCAGCUAUAAACAGUUCCCUCACCAGCAUCUUUUUUUUCUUUUUCCAAAAAUGAAAAUAGAUCUUCUUUCAACUUUAUCUUCAACUUUAUUAAGUUGCAGCUUUAUGUCUGACACUGGAGACUAAUACCUUCCAUCAACCCAUAGUGAUAACUAGGGUUGCUCUCUUCCUUUCUCUUCGGCUACGUUCACAUGAAUCACUGAAUUUUUUGGUGAGAUAGGCUUUUCAUGUCAUGAUGGUUUACAAUUAUAAUUACAAGUGACUUUUAUCUGACUCUAAUGUAGAAACAUCUGUCCUUUAAAAUGGAAUGCAUGUGUUUUCAAACAAUGGAUGCAAUUGUUGCUGAGUUUCUGAUCGCAGGGUUUGGGGUUCGAGCCCCGGUACUGCCAAGUAGUCACUGUUGAGCCCUUGAGCAAGACCCUUAACCCUAUCUGCUCCAGCGGGUUCUGUAUCCUGGCCCAACCUGCACUCUGACCCCAACUUUAUAACUGGGAUAUGCUAAAAUUACAAUUUUACUUUGAGAUUAGCAUCUAAUCUAGGACAAGAUAUGAAAUUGACUUGGGUUCGAUUUGAAAAACAUCAGAUUUGUGCUUUGAGAAAGACCUGUGCCACAAAACUGAAUUGAGUCACUUUAGACUGAUGAUGUGAACGUAGCCUUUCACAUAAUGACUAAAUGAUAUUUAAUAUUUAACACAACUUUUUGACAUUGAAAAAAUCCUCCACGAUAAAAAUAAUACAUUUGAUCAAAUGUAUAUGUAGUGAUUAUGAAUCUGUAGGUACUUUUUAAACAAAGUGGUCCUUAACAAACAUGCAUAUUUUAUCUGUUCAAAUAACAUUUCACCAUCUGAUGAGUUUAGUUGGAGCUUGAAAUGAAGAUGUGUCGGGAAACUGGUCCAGUUUACAGUAUGUACUCCAACUCCUGAGACACAGGACAUUUUCACGUCAAACUGGAUUGAAUCAUUUAUAUGUAUAAGGUUUUUAUCACUGACUGACACACACUGGUAACACACAAGACUAAAAGGUUGAAGGAACUUUGA